UCCUGCUUCCUUGGCUCUUGAGAUCAAAGCUCAUAUUUUAUGUGAUAGUUUAGAUCGAUAACUGGGAGUUCUGGAUGUGUUGUUCUCACUUGAUUUGUUAGGUUUUGCUUUGAUUUUUUUUUUUUCCUUUUCUUUCCAUGUGGUUCGGGUGAUUUUUGGCCAAAUGUUCUCCUUGGUUCUGUCCGACGUGAUCCGUGGAAGAAAUAUGGGUUUUUUCUUGGUUCAUUGUUGUCAAAACCUCAUCUUCCGUUGAUUUGUCCAAGAGAAGAGGGUUUUUAUUAGCACUUAUGGUGUAGAUCUAAGCCUGCUGCCAUGUGAAACGAAUAGAAAGGGGCGGUAGAUGGAAGGUUGAAGCCUUUUCUUACCUUGUUCUUGCUAUUUUCGUUAGCUACUGCUGGAGUUGAUCUACAGAUCUGAUCGAUUUCUUGCUUUUUCUGCUUACCCUAAGUUGGAAGGAAGGGGGAGUGACGAAAGAUCGAAUUAAUCGUAGUCUAUAACCAUGACUUAUUUCCCGGAGGAGGUGGUGGAGCACAUCGUCGACUUCCUUGGCUCACACGGGGACCGCAACGCGGUGUCGACGGUGUGCAAGGCGUGGUAUCAGGUGGAUCGGCUUAGCCGCCGGAGCGUAUUCGUCGGCAACUGCUAUGCCAUCCGGCCCGAGCGAGUGGUGACGAGGUUCCCUGAGAUGAAGUCGCUGACUGUCAAGGGGAAGCCCCAUUUCGCCGAUUUCAACCUGGUCCCCUAUGAUUGGGGCGGCUUCGCGCAGCCGUGGAUCGAGGCCGCCGCACGAGGCUGCCCGGGCCUCGAGGAGCUGCGGCUCAAAAGGAUGGUGGUCACUGAUGAUGACCUUGAGCUCCUUGCACGUUCCUUCCCCAACUUCAAAUCUCUUGUUCUCGUCAGCUGCGAGGGGUUUAGUACCGACGGGCUCGCUGCGAUUGCCACUUAUUGCAGAGGUCUUAGGGAGUUGGAUUUACAGGAAAAUGAGGUGGAAGACCAUGGGCGCCAAUGGCUGAGUUGCUUCCCUGAUUCCUGUACCUCUCUCGUGUCCCUGAACUUUGCCUGCCUCAAAGGAGAGGUCAAUGCAAGCGCCCUGGAGAGGCUCGUCGCUAGGUGCCCAAACCUCAGGAGCUUGAAGCUUAAUCAUUCAAUAUCUGUGGAGUCACUGAACAAGAUCCUUGCUCGUGCGCCUCAUUUGGUUGAUCUUGGAACUGGUUCGUUCGCAAUCGACAACCGUAGCGAAACUUAUCACAGGCUGAUCAAUUCCUUCUUUAAAUGCAAGUCGUUGAGGAGCUUGUCAGGUUUUUGGGAUGCUUCUCCUUUCUGCCUGCAGGCACUGUAUCCCGUCUGUACUAACCUCACUGUUCUCAAUUUGAGCUAUGCUCCAGCAAUUCAGAGUGCUGAUCUUACCAAGCUGAUUGGCCUUUGUUUUAAGCUUCAGAAGCUUUGGGUGUUGGAUUGCAUUGGGGACAAAGGAUUAGCAGUUGUGGCAUCCACUUGUAAAGAGUUGCAGGAGCUGAGGGUAUUUCCAUCUGAUAUCUAUGGUGCUGGAAUCACUGCUGUGACCGAAGAGGGUCUGGUUGCUAUAUCUUCAGGAUGUCCAAAGCUUAACUCAUUGCUGUACUUUUGCUACCAAAUGACAAAUUCUGCACUUACAACUGUUGCAAAGAAUUGCCCGCAUUUCACUCGAUUCAGAUUAUGCAUCCUCGAACCGGAGAAGCCAGACCCUGUCACUAAUCAGCCACUUGAUGAAGGUUUUGGGGCAAUUGUCCGUUCGUGUAAAAAUCUCAGGAGGUUGUCGGUAUCUGGUCUUUUAACAGAUCAGGUUUUCCUAUAUAUUGGCAUGUAUGCCGAACGUCUGGAGAUGCUGUCGAUUGCAUUUGCUGGAGAUAGUGACAAGGGGAUGGUAUACGUGCUCAACGGAUGCAAGAAUCUCAGAAAACUUGAAAUAAGGGAUUGCCCAUUCGGAGAUGCUGCACUUCUGAAGGACGUGGCCAAGUAUGAGACAAUGCGAUCCCUUUGGAUGUCGUCCUGUGAUGUUACCUUAGGAGGUUGCAAGGCUCUUGCAGCAAAAAUGCCGAGGCUUAAUGUGGAGAUUAUAAAUGAAAACAAUGGCACCUGUGAAUCCAAGGAAAAUCUUAGUGAUCUCCACAAGGUGGAGAAGAUGUACUUUUAUCGGACCGUGGCUGGGCCAAGAAAUGAUGCACCAGAUUUUGUUUGGACACUAUAGGGUUGGCUGGAACAGCUUGUGUUGUGCAAGAUUAUCCAAACUGAUAUCAACCAUGAUUGAAAACCAUGCAAAGGAGAUUGUAAGAUAUGAGCAACUAAGGAUUUGGAGAAGGGAUAUGAUAGAGCACAGCCUUUAGCAGCAAAACUGUCUCUGGUAGCAUCACUUCUCCAUCUCCAGCAGACAGCAGCAGCAAACAGCAAUGAGACAGAGUGAGGACAAACAUAUGGACCAGUAAACUGCUUGUAAAGAAGAAACCCACUCACACUAAGCUUUUGCUUGCACUAUUCCAGGUGACAAUUCAACAUGCUAUGGUAACCAUGUAAAAUGAUCUAUUGAUUCCAUCGUUCAACCAAAUAGUUAAAGCUUACAUGAA